AUGACUGGUGUAACUUCUUCACCAUUUGUGGACAAUCCAACUAAUGAAAUAAUUAAUCAAUAUGAAAAAGAUUCAUCUACUAUAAAUACAAAGAUAUACAUAUCAAAAUUAGAAUAUCAACUUAAAUCAUUUCAAACUGAAAAAAAGCUAUGGUCACAGGAAAAAUCAUCAAUUAUAAGUAACUACGAAAGUAGCAUCAAGUUGAAAAAUAAAGAAAUUGAAUCAUUGAAAUUAAAUGUGGAAUUCUUGUAUAAAGAAAAUGAUCAACUAAAUACAAAAAUUGAUAAUUCAACCGACAUAUCAACAAAUCAGAUUAAAGAAUUAAAUGAAAAGAAUAGAAUACUAGAACAGAACUAUCGUGAAACUGAGAACAAACUUCAAAGUCUAACAGAAAAGAAUGAUAGACUAAUUAGAAAACAUAAACAAGUUACAUCAGACUGGAAUACUCAAAUUCAAUUAAAUGAUGAAAUGACAAAAGAAUUAAAACAAAGAGAUCAAAUAAUAAACAAAUUACAGAAUUCUAAUCAAGAAUUCGUCAAUAAACUCGAACAAUAUACAGAAAUGUUCAAAAAUGAUGAGUCCUUUUUCAAAAAUAAUCAAAUUCUUGUAAAUAAAAACAAUAGUCUACAAAAGACAAAUAAUCAACUUCAAAUCAAAAUAGAUCAAUUAUUACAAAAACAUACCUCAGCAGAAUUAUUGAAACAAAAGAACUUGAGCUUGAAUCAAAAAUUAGAGCAAUAUGAAGCUUUAAAACAAAAGUAUCUGAAAUUAGAAAUGGAAAAAUUACAAAUUGAGUCAAAAUUUAAUGUCUAUUUUAAGACUUUGAGCGAUGCAUUGAUUGAUGAUAAUGAUACUCAAAAAUUAAACGAUGAUGAUGAAACUACAAAAAGUAUUAAAAUAUCGAAUUUUAUUGAAAAGUUUAAAGCCUUGCAAGCUAAUAACCUAACAUUAAAAGAAAAAUUUGACUCAAAAAGUAUUGAAGUCAAUGAACUUAAACAAGAGUUGGAAAAUGCAAGUACCCUAAUCGAAAAUGAAUACCUCCCAAUGAUAGAAUCAUGGCAAACGAAAAAUGAACAAUCAUCAAAUGCAAUAGUAGAACUAGAAAGAGAGAAAAAAUUGUAUACUAUUGAAAUUGAACAUCUUAGAAAACUGUUGAAAGAUUUAGAAGAUAUAUUAAGAUCAAACGAAGAAUCUAAACAAGAUAAUAGAACUAUGCAACAAUAUGUAACGAAUUUAGAAAAUUUAGUUGAUCAAUAUAAAAGAAAAUUGGAUGAACAAGCUAUUAAAAAUCAAAAAGAACAACCACUACAAACAAAUUCAUUCAACAAACGUCCACGUAUGGAAGAUCAUACUUUCAGAAAGGCGGCAUCGGAUUUAGAAACUCAAAAUAUCCAAUUACUUUCAAGCAUAAAGAUAUUGGAACAAAAUAAUAAUGAACUAAAAGAAGAAGUCGAAUCAUUACGAGCAAUAAAUGGUAAAAAGGAAGCCAUCCACAUACUAGAAUUGAAAAACAACUUAUUAGCAAAAGAUCAAUUUAUCAAGAAAGAAACACUAGACGCAUUAAGAAAAGAAAAUGAAUCAUUAAUCAACACAUAUAUCAAUGACAAAGAAGACAAGGAAGUGAUACCGAAGUCAUUAUUUGUACGUCAAGAAGAUGAUAAGUCACAAUUACAGUUACAAAUUGAUCAAUUGACUAAAAGAAUAAUAAGAUUAAGGGAAGUAUAUACUGAAAAAUCAAAAGAAAUAUUAAAAAUAAUAUCUAAAUAUUUUGGCUACAGUAUUGAAUUUUUACCAAGUACAAUAAACUCAAAUGAAUUAUCGUCAAGAUUGAAAUUGAUUUCAAAGUAUAAAAAACCACAACCUGGAACUCAACUGAAUAACUACCUCAUAAUAGAUAUUGAAAAUAAAUCACUAAAAGCAUAUGGAGACUAUGAAUUUAAAUCAUUGUGUGAAUCAUUAGCUAAUGAAUGGGUUUCCAAAAAUCAAUUUCCCUGUUUGUUAAGUGCUUUGAAUUUAAAACUUUAUGAAUCUUUUAUAGCUUCUAAUCAAUAA